AUGGACACGAAGAGGACCAUUUCUGGGUUGCUCUUUGAUCAUCUUUAUAGACUCAGGCUGAAUCCAUUUUUGGAUAGCAAGAACAUGAGACCUGGUGACAACUUAUAUGACAAAAUUCAUAGAGGUGUCCAUGAAUGUAAGGUUGGGGUUGCUGUAUUUUCUCCGCAUUAUUGUGAGUCGUACUUUUGCCUCCAUGAAUUGGCUUUGUUAAUGGAGAAGAAGAAAAGAGUUAUACCUAUAUUUUGUGACGUCAAACCAUCUCAGCUUCGUGUUAAGGAUAACGGGCGUUGUCCUGGCAAAGAGCUGGAAAGGUUUGCAGAUGCUCUUGAAGAGGCAAAGUACACCGUUGGACUUACAUUUGACACGCUUGAAGGGGAUUGGUCUCAAUUCUUAACAACAGCAGCAGAAGCGGUUGUUCAGAAUUUGAUCGAGGUGGAUGGAGAAGAAACACACAAGGAUCUAAAAUAUUUUAUGAAGAAUUAUUACUGA